AUGUGCACGCCCAUCUUCAUCAACACCUUCGUCGUCUUCAUCCGCCUCUACUGGUUCGAGAAACGGUUCCAAAAUGUCGUCAUAGAAUCACGCAAUGCGCGCCACACUCGGACAAUGUCGCGCAGGAGGAGCGAGAUGAAGUCAGAAGAGAUCCAACGCGAUCUUGGCAGCGAGGAGCGCGGUGUGGGCGACCGACAUAUCAGGGUCAUGCGCUCCACCAACGGAGAAGCAGAGGGCGGCAAGAUCGAGGACGAGCAUGCCUUCAGCGGCGGUCUGGGCAAUGCUGGCAUUCGCAAGGCUAAGCCAUCAGACGAUGAAGAAGUGGAUCCGCUCGAACGCCCCAUGACACCAGUACAUCAGGUCGCUUCGAACGUAGUGUGGGCAGACGACCUGACCACGCCACGACAGCGUGAACGGCAGCGUCUCCGCGACUCGGUCGAGUCUCCCACUGAACGUCUGCCGGAGAAGAACCGCGAGCAAAGCAUAGCUUUCGUAGAGAAACAGAGGGAACCAAAACAAAAGGCCACUCUCCGCAUCCCUGGACCACGCGACUACGAGCUAGGUCUGCAACCAGAGGAGGUCAAGGAGGACGACGAAAAGCUAGACAAGGUGACUAGCAGGCAAUCACAAGAGUCUCAUCCAAAGCGAAAUCGAUCCAACUCUGUGCCUCCGGAGAUGAUGAACGGAGACGACCACCCCAUGAAGUACCACAUCACAAUCGACGUUCCCAGUCGACAACGUCCUACUACUGGCGCCUCUGUCUAUAACAGGGGUCGAACGAAUACAAAUGACGACACCGAAGGACAUCACACCAGUGGUCUACGCCCUCGCUCGAGAUCGCGAACGUUUGCAAGCUUUCUCACAAGCACUAAAGAAGAAGAUGAAGAUCCUAUGCCAUAUCUCAGCUGGACGCCGACUCUUGGUCGCAACUCAAAUUUCGUGGAUUUGACCGAGGAGCAAAGAGAAGAGCUGGGCGGCAUCGAGUAUCGAGCACUAAAGAUGCUUGCCAUGAUACUAACUGUCUAUUUCGUUGGCUUCCAUUUGCUGGGCAUGGUAUGUCUCACGCCAUGGAUCACUCACUCUACCGAGUACAAGAACAUCUUAGAUGGAAACAACAUUAAUCAUGUCUGGUGGGGCAUCUUCACUCCGGCCUCCAUGUUCAACGAUCUAGGCUUCACCCUCACACCCGACUCGAUGGUGUCUUUCCAACGCGCGAUCCUUCCCCUCACACUCGGUACAUUCCUCAUCAUCAUCGGCAACACAGGGUUUCCUUGUAUGCUGCGGUUCAUCAUCUGGCUCUGCUCGAUCUGCGUGCCCAAGUUCAGCGCAAAAUGGGAGGAACUCAAAUUCCUCCUUGACCACCCCCGCCGCUGUUUCACGCUGCUAUUCCCCAGCAAAGCCAACUGGUGGCUAUUCUGGGUUCUUAUCGGUCUCAACGGCAUAGACCUCAUCUUCUUCAUCAUUCUGGAUCUUAAUGACACGACAGUCACCAGCUUACCUCCCGGCUUCCGAUUUCUCGCCGGCCUCUUCCAAGCAGCUGCCACAAGAACCGCAGGAUUUGCUGUUGUCAACAUCGCCGAAUUGCAUCCUGCGAUUCAGGUUAGCUACCUCGUCAUGAUGUACAUUUCGAUUUUCCCAAUCGCCAUGUCGAUGCGCCAGACCAACGUCUACGAAGAGAAAUCCCUCGGCGUCUGGGCCGAUACUGAUGACAGCGACGAACAGAACUCUUACCUUGGUCACCAUUUACGUCGACAAUUGUCCUUCGACUUGUGGUUCGUCUUCCUAGGUUUCUUCCUCAUCGCCAUUAUCGAGGGCGCACGUCUCGAGAACACCAAUGAAUACGCCUUCUCUCUCUUCUCCGUGCUUUUCGAGAUUGUGUCUGCAUACGGAACUGUCGGUCUAUCCCUAGGCUUCCCAAACACUAACCCCUCCUUCUCCGGACAAUUCCGCACGCUUUCUAAACUCAUCAUCAUCGCGAUGCAAAUCCGUGGUCGCCACCGUGGCUUGCCGUAUGCUCUCGAUCGCGCCAUCCUACUGCCGUCCGAAUCUCUCCACCAGAAGGAGAACGAGGACGCGACACGCCGAGCUAGGCGCAGUAGCAAUGCACUUGACGUGGGCAUGAGUACUAGCAUGAGCGUGGACCGUGGAGGUGCAGGCUUGACGCGACAAGGCACAGGUUUGAGCCGGAUCAGCACUGCGUCUGGUGAUGCUGGGCGGCCGAGCGCAGGCGACAGGUUCAAGCCAAAACAGCUGAAGAGGAUCUUGAGUGGGGCCUUCAGUGCAGGACCGAGCACGAGGUUCCACAGUGAGGAGAAGCGGGCUUAG